GGCAGAGCCCGGCUUCUGAAGGACUCUUGUAUCGCUCACACACUGUGCAGCCAGGAGAAACAUGACCACAUUAGCCAACUUUACACAGACACUGGAGGAUGUCUUCAAAAAGAUUUUCAUUACUUACAUGGACACCUGGCGGAAGAACACCACAGCAGAGGAACGGGCGCUCCAGGCCAAGGUGGACGCCGAGAACUUCUACUAUGUCAUCCUGUACCUCAUGGUGAUGAUCGGCAUGUUCUCCUUCAUCGUGGUGGCCAUCCUGGUGAGCACAGUGAAGUCAAAGCGGCGGGAGCAUUCCCAGGACCCCUACCACCAGUACAUAGUGGAGGAUUGGCAGGAGAAGUAUAAAAGUCAGAUCCUGCAUCUGGAGGACUCCAAGGCCACCAUCCAUGAGAACAUGGGGGCCACGGGGUUCACGGUGUCGCCCUGAUAAAUACCAAGGGGACAUCAGGCUAUGAAGGGUGCUUCCACCACCUAGUGAGUCCGACUUGUCCUUGCUCCCAAGAAAGCUAGCUCCUCUCUGUGCUGAAAAUCUUCACAGUGAUGGCCUGCCUGGCCAACUGACCCGGGGGACAGAAUUUCUGUCUCCGUGGUUUACACGAGCCCACUGGGGAGACAUUGUGUGCUGAAGAUCUCUACUUGCCAUGCUAUGUAAACAUCAUGUGAGUUAGUAUCCAUCGUGAGAAUGAGGGGGCCUGGGUGGGGCAGUGGGGCAGCAAGCAGAGAUCUACAAAUCUCCCACCUUCGUCCUCAUAGUGAAUAUUAGUCUGAGUGUAGCAAAUUCCACUUACGAAUAAGUCAAAUGUGUUAUUCAGAAGCCAAGGUUUGAAUCUACCACGGGCUUGCUGAACGGACAGGCGAGCAUCUACUUAACUGAUUCAUGGCCACAGAGUCCGAGGUGAUGAACAGCCAAAAACAUGGGGUUUUUGUGCACUCACUGCUCUCCUGGUAUUUUACUGAUCUGGAUGUCUGGACAGAAUAAACAUUGAAAGAACAAAAUAAUCCACACCAGAGCAUCAAAUGUUCAAGAACAACCCAAGGCAAGCAAAACAUGUUUUUUAAAAGAAACUUC